GAGAGAUUUCUGAAGUUUGCCCAGAAGCCACUGAUUUUUUGUGCCACGACAAGAAGUGCAUUGCAUCCCACCUUGUCUGCGACUAUAAACCAGACUGCUCGGAUAGGUCUGACGAAGCUCGCUGCGCACAUUACACAACCACAGCAGGAAGCUGCAGUUUUGAAACAGCUUCAGGAAACUGGACCGUGGCCUGCAGUCUUACUCAAGACUCUGGAGAUGACUUGGACUGGGCUAUUGGCAGCAGAAUUCCUGCUGAAGCACUGAGUGCAGACUCUGAUCAUACACCAGGUAAUGGACAACACUUUCUGUAUGUCAACUCAUCUGGUCCCAAAGGACACACUGCAAGAGUCACCACUUCCCAAUACUUCCCAGCCAGCCUUGGAAUGUGCACUCUUCGGUUCUGGUUCUACAUGAUCGAUCCCAGGAGUAUGGGAGUAUUAAAGGUGUAUACCAUUGAGGAAUCUGGACUAAACAUCCCAGUGUGGUCAGUGAUUGGCAAUAAAAGACCCGGUUGGAUAUAUGGAUAUGUACAUCUCUCCAGUAACAGUCCAUUUAAGGUGGCAUUUGAAGCUGAUUUGAGUGGAAACGAACACAUCUUCAUUGCCCUGGAUGACAUCUCCUUUACCCCAGAAUGUGUAUAUGGAGGUCCUGUCACAACACAGCCACCACCUUGUGAAGCUGAUCAGUUUUCUUGUGUCUACACACUCCAGUGUGUCCCUCUCUCAGGGAAAUGUAAUGGACAGGAGGAUUGCACAGAUGGAUCGGAUGAAAUGGAUUGUUCUCUCAGCCCCCCUCCACAGCUCUGUGGUAUAACGGAGUUCCAGUGCUCUACCCUGGAGUGUAUCCCAUCCCUCCUGCUAUGCGAUGGAGUGCCUGACUGCCACUCUAAUGAAGAUGAAUCCAGCUGCUCCAACAUCCGCUGUUCUGAUGGAGCUUUGAUGUGCACGUCCUCUAACAGCUGCGUCCCAGUUCACCAGCGCUGUGAUGGUUUUGCCAACUGCAUGGACUUCCAACUUGACGAGUCCAGUUGCUCAGAGUGUCCAAUAGCUUAUUGCAGAAAUGGUGGGACUUGUGUAGUGGACAAAACUGGUCCUAUAUGUCGAUGUGGACAAGGAUGGUCAGGAAAUCGAUGCCACAUCAAAGGCAACCAUUCUACUGCAGAUUUUACGUACUCUCAGAACAAUAUAUGGACUCUCCUGGGUAUUGGAUUAGCUUUCCUGAUGGCUCAUAUGACAGUCACAGUCUUGUGUUUCCUUGCGAACAGAAAAGUGCCAGCAAGAAAAAUGAAAGGAAGUGUUAAUUGUGCAUUUGUUAAUCCAGUCUAUGGGAGUUGGAGCAACCCAGAGAAAUCAGAGAGUUCUAUGUCCUUUGCAAAUCCGUUAUAUGGCACAACACCAGGAAGCCUUCACACCAUAUCUGAUCUCCUCAAACAGCACCGCCAAGAUCAAGUAGCACCUACUACCUGUAGUAUAUAG